UGCUCAGUAGCUGCGACUGAAGCUGAGGCGUUCCCUCUGCCCUUUCUUGCUGCGACGGUCGGCGGCUUGUAGAGCGUGGAGAACUGGAGCUCCGCUUGGGAAGCAAAGGUGCCUGAGCUGGUUUCUUUGCUAUGGGUAGUCGUGAAGCAACGGAGGUAGACGUGGGCCAGUUUCCAGACAAUGACAGACUAGAAGUUCCCAAUGAAGAAUCCAGAAGGUUCACCAAAGAACAGAUGUUUAUUAUGGCAGCAACAGCAUCUAUAAACUUCAGUUCCAUGAUCUGCUACUCAAUCUUGGGACCCUUUUUUCCCAGAGAGGCAAAACAGAAAGGUGCUAGUGAUACUGUAGUUGGAUUCAUUUUUGGAUGCUUUUCUCUAUUCAACUUCAUCAGUUCUCUGAUAAUGGGGAGAUAUCUUGUCCAAAUCGGAGCGAAAUUUAUGUUUGUUUCUGGAAUGUUUGUAUCAGGCUGUGUUACCAUUCUUUUUGGAAUGUUGGACAGAGCACCUGAUGGGCCAGUAUUUAUAGGAUUGUGUUUUUUGGUUCGAGCUAUUGAUGCAGUUGGCUUUUCUGCGGCAAUGACAGCCUCAUUUUCUAUUCUUGCAAAAGCUUUCCCCAACAAUAUAGCUACAGUUCUGGGCAGUCUUGAAAUUUUUACAGGGCUGGGACUUGUGCUGGGUCCACCUAUCGGUGGCUUUUUGUACCAGUCGUUUGGCUAUGAAAUCCCUUUCAUUGUACUUGGAAGUGUAGUGAUAAUCAUGGUGCCUCUGAACAUGUAUCUCUUACCAAAAUAUGAUUCAGCACCUACCAAAGACUCUUUCUGGAAGCUUAUCACUAUACCCAAAGUUUUAGUCCUCAGUUCUACUAUAUUUUCACUAAGUGCAUCUUUUGGCUUUCUAGAUCCAACAAUGUCGCUAUUUGUCUUGAAAAAAUUCCAGCUGCCUGUUGGUUAUGUGGGGCUAGUGUUUCUGGGCUUAGCCCUCUCCUAUUCCUUAUCUUCACCAUUCCUUGGUUUUCUGAGUGAUAAAAAACCACCUUUAAGGAAGUGGCUGUUGGUCACUGGAGGCUUACUGGCAUCAUUAUGCUAUUUUCUGCUAGGACCAGCUCCCGUCUUGCACGUUGAAAGCAAGCUAUGGCUGUUUGUUCUAAUGCUAGUCUUCAUUGGUUUUGCCCUUGGGAUGAGUGGUAUUCCAGCAUUCCCGGAGAUACUCAAUUGUGCAUAUGAGAAUGGAUUUCAGGAAGGAUUAAGCUUAUUAGGACUGGUCUCAGGGCUCUUCAGUGCAUUAUGGUCCCUUGGGUCUUUUGUAGGACCAACGCUAGGUGGAUUCCUAAAUGGCAAACUGGGUUUUGAGUGGGCUGCAGCCAUACAAGGUGGAUGGCCAUUAUUGAGUGGGAUAGUUAUUGGAAUUUAUUAUAUCUACGAGACCUCGCGUAAAAGAAGAUCCUCUCCACAAGACAUUCUGGGUACAGAGCAAGAAAGAGCUCAUCUUUUAUCUAGUGAAACAUAGUUCAGAAAUCUUCCCCAUCAGCGAGUCAAAUCUAAUUUUGCAUGGAUUAGAUGCAUAACCCACUCACAAGGGAAAGGAAAUAACUUCCAGUGCAGAAACCUUCUUAUAAAGCCUUGUCAAGAAUUCUGAAGCCUUUAUAACUGUAACGUACCAUCAUUUAGAUAACUAAUGCCUUUUGGGCAUUCCUGUGGUGAAUUACUUGAACUGGCUAUAUCUGAGAGUAUUUGAACAACAGACAUAUUUUACACAGUGUGAAAAUAAUUUAUAGCACAAUGUGCAAUAUGUUCCAUAGUAACCUAUUUUUGUACUUAACACCACUGUUGCUCCAUAUAAAAUAAAUCUGCUGGUCCAGUUU